AUGCUGUCAUGCUCUCGGAGCGCUCUAACCUUGGCUAGCAGGGCUCAAGUGGCCGUCCUGAGUCGUUGCGGCAGAGCCUUCGCCACUAAGGCAGAUCAAGUGGAAGAUAUCGAAUAUAAGCGACCAGCGUAUUUUGAUAAUGGUGCUACCACUGUUAUGGACCCUCGCGUCCUUGAUGCGAUGUUGCCGUACUUCUGCAAUAUGUACGGCAACCCUCACAGUCGGAGUCACGCCUAUGGUUGGGAGGCUGAUGAUGCCUGUGAACACGCCAGAGGACAAGUGGCCAGUCUGAUCGGUGCCAACCCUAAGGAGAUCAUAUUCACUAGUGGUGCUACUGAGUCCAACAACCUGGCUUUGAAAGGUGUCACUAACUACGCCAAGACUAAGACCGGCAAGAAACACGUGAUCACUACUCAAAUUGAGCAUAAGUGUGUAUUGGCUAGUGCUCGUGCAUUGGCAGAACAGAAUGACGAUGUUGAAGUUACAUAUCUGCCGGUUGACCAUGACGGUUUGAUCAACCUCAAACAGCUCGAGGAGGCCAUCAGGCCUGGCGAGACUGUUCUAGUCAGUGUUAUGGCUGUGAACAACGAGAUAGGCGUUGAGCAACCACUUAAGAAGAUUGGCGAGGUUUGCAGGAAGCACGGUGUCUACUUCCAUACAGACUGCGCACAAGCUGUCGGUAAGAUUCCGUUGGACGUGAAUGAUAUGAACAUCGACUUGAUGAGUAUCUCUGGACAUAAGGUCUAUGGCCCUAAAGGGGUCGGGGCCCUCUACGUUAGACGUCGUCAUCCUCGUGUACGUAUGCGCCCUAUCAUUGAUGGUGGUGGUCAGGAGCGUGGUCUCCGUUCUGGUACUUUAGCUACUCCUAAUGUGGUGGGGUUUGGUGCUGCCUGUGAGAUAUGUCAGAAGGAGAUGGACAGGGAUAAGGAGCAUGUGUCGAGGUUAGCUCGAAAGCUUCUGGAUGGUAUCAGAGGACACCUACCUAAGGUCAUACUCAACGGAAGUGAGAAAGAGAGGUAUUUCGGUAAUGUUAAUCUCUCUUUCUCUGCUGUAGAGGGAGAGUCUCUGUUGAUGGCCCUUAGUAAGGAUCUCUGUGUAUCUAGCGGCUCGGCAUGUACUAGUGCCAGCCUUGAGCCUAGCUAUGUCCUUCGAGCGAUCGGUGUUGGUGAUGAUCUUGCACAUACGAGCCUUAGGUUCGGUAUUGGCCGCUUCACCACGGAUGAAGAGGUUGAUAAUGCGAUAGCCAAGGUCAUCGAACAAGUGACAUACCUUCGUGAGUUGUCGCCUCUUUGGGAGAUGAUAAUGGAAGCUGAGGAGAGUGGAGAACCUCUACCCAAGGUUACCUGGAGCUAA